AUGGGGAAGAUGGCGGCGGCCGUGGGGUCUGUGGCGACGCUGGCGGCGGAGCCUGGGGAGGACGCCUUUCGGAAGCUUUUCCGCUUCUACCGGCAGAGCCGCCCCGGGACCGUAGACCUGGGAGGGGUCAUCGACUUCUCGGUAGCCCACGCAGCCCGCGGCACGGGGCCUGGUGCCAACAAGGUGGUCAAAUCUCACCUAAAUGUGUCCUCAGUCAGUGACCAUGAUGCGUACAGAGCUGGACUUCAGCCCGUAAGCAAGUGGAGAGCCUACGGUCUCCAAGGCUAUCCUGGAUUUAUUUUUAUCCCAAACCCCUUCCUCCCAGGUUACCAGUGGCACUGGGUGAAGCAGUGCCUUAAGUUAUAUUCUCAGAAACCUAAUGUAUGUAACCUGGACAAACAUAUGACUAUAGAAGAGACCCAAGAUUUGUGGGAACAGAGCAAAGAGUUUCUAAGGUAUAAAGAAGUGAAUAAACGGAGACCCCGAAGUUUACUAGAGAAACUGCGCUGGGUGACCCUAGGCUACCAUUAUAACUGGGACAAUAAGAAAUACUCAGCAGAUCAUUAUACACCUUUCCCUUCUGACCUGGCUUUCCUCUCAGAGCAAGUAGCCGCUGCCUGUGGAUUUCAGGGUUUCCGAGCCGAAGCAGGUAUCCUGAAUUACUACCGAUUAGACUCCACACUAGGAAUCCACGUAGACAAAUCUGAACUAGAUCACUCCAAACCCCUGCUUUCGUUCAGCUUCGGACAGUCUGCCAUCUUUCUCCUGGGUGGCCUCAAAAGAGAUGAAGCGCCCACCCCCAUGUUUAUGCACAGUGGUGACAUCAUGGUAAUGUCAGGUUUCAGCCGCCUGUUGAACCAUGCAGUCCCGAGGGUCCUUCCCAGUCUGGAAGGGGAAAGCUUGCCUUGCUGCCUAGAGACGCCUCUCCCAGCUGACCUCCCCAGAGACUCAGUGGUGGAGCCCUGUUCUGUGGAGGACUGGCAGGUGUGUUCCAGCUACUUGAAAACUGCUCGUGUUAACAUGACUGUCCGGCAGGUGCUGGCCAGAGGUCAGGACUUCCCUUUGGAACUCAUGGAGGAGAAUAAAAGAGACAUCACCACAGAGGGUUCCUGCCAUCUGGAUGAUGAGAAUAGCCAAGAAAAAUGAGCUAGGUUAAACCUUGACUGCUGA